AUGCGCAUGCGUACAACCCAUGGUACAACCGUACAAAUCUUCUCAACAAGCUGUUAAAAGAGGUGAAAGUGUUAUUAUAUUGGGGGUUUAUUGAUCGUAUACUUCGCCAAAAUUUGUUACCCUGUUCUCGUAUGCUUUGGGAGACCAUAUCUUCCCGGGAGCGCCAGUGCAGGUCCAGAGAGUGUAGAUUUCCUGCAGCAGCAGCAGAGCAGCAGUGCUGGAGAUGGACAGUGAGAUCCAGCGGGACGGGAGAGUCCUGGACCUCACCGACGACGCCUGGAGGGAGGACAAGCUGCCGUACGAGGACGUCACCGUGCCUCUGAGCGAACUGCCUGAAGCUGAGCAAGACAACGGAGGAUCCACAGAAUCUGUGAAAGAACAAGAGAUGAAGUGGACAGACCUUGCCCUGCAGAGCCUACACGAAAACACACCAAGCACUGGAAGCUGAAAGACUAAUCUGGAUUCAGACUGUAACAUUAAAUACACAUGGAUACUGGAUACAUUUACAAGUAAAUUAUUGUCUGCUUUGUUGGACCUGGCACAUUCUAGCUGAUCCAAAAUAAUGCAUACAUUUCUUUUAAUGCUUUGUAAUACAGAAAAUGUAUAAAGAUUAUCCAAUGUUUUUACUAUCAGCAUGAUCAAUUAAACAUUCUUGACAGUUUCAAAGAAACUGGGUUGUUUUUUUUUUGUUUUUUUUUUCAAACUCACCUGUUAAUCUUAGCAUCAACAAUUUCGUUACAGUUGUUUGACCCACAAAUUUGAAAUUUUCCUAAGACUUGUGGGAGCUAUUUGUGUGAGCUCAAGUACUGAAGGGAUCACAGCCAUUGAAAUACAUCCUGUGACUGUAUUGCUACAUGUCAAUGUAAAUGUCUCGUGUCUCAUUGAUUUGUAGUGUAAAUUUUCAUCACCUUUUGGCAUCAAUAACAAUUGAAAAUUGCGAGCUGGUUCUGCAGUGAAACUGUUUUAUGUGAAUACAAGUAAGAACAAGAAAUUAUAAAUUCAAACGUACGAUAAAUACAAUGAAGCAUUUCAAAAUAAAUUCCAAGAAAAAUGUGUUACUUAAAUGAACAUGUUCAGGGUGUACCCCUACAUUUUGCCUGAAGAGAGCUGAGACAUGUUGGCACAUCUCUGUGACCCUGUAAAUGAUGGAUGAAUGGAUGGACUAUUGAUUAAAUGUAAGCUUGUUAAAUGAAAUAUGUUUUAAGCUUUACUAUGCAAACAGACAAAAUGUGUCGCAUAUCCAAGCUGGAAAAUUGUUCCAUAAUAUCGGAGGAUGGUGACUAGAGGCUCUAA